AUGAAGAGGUGCAAAUCAGACGAGCUGCAGCAACAGCAGGGCGAGGAGGAUGGCGCUGGGCUGGAAGACGCCGCUUGCCACCUGCCGGGCGCGGACCUCCGGCCUGGGGAAGCCACGGGUGCUAACUCUGCGGGCGGACCAACUUCAGACGCCGGCGCUGCCGCGGCGCCCAACCCGGGGCCCCGAAGCAAGCCUCCUGAUUUAAAGAAAAUCCAGCAGCUCUCAGAGGGCUCCAUGUUUGGCCACGGCCUGAAGCACCUGUUCCACAGCCGCCGCAGGUCACGGGAGAGGGAGCACCAGACAUCUCAGGAUUCCCAACAGCAGCAGCAGCAGCAGGGCAUGUCUGACCAUGACUCCCCGGAUGAGAAGGAGCGCUCCCCGGAGAUGCACCGUGUCUCCUAUGCCAUGUCCCUGCAUGACCUGCCCGCCCGACCCACCGCCUUCAACCGUGUGCUGCAGCAGAUCCGCUCCCGGCCCUCCAUCAAGCGGGGCGCCAGCCUGCACAGCAGCAGCGGGGGCAGCAGCAGCGGGGGCAGCAGCCGGCGCACCAAGAGCAGCUCCCUGGAGCCCCAGCGUGGCAGCCCCCACCUGCUACGCAAGGCCCCCCAGGACAGCGGCCUGGCCGCCAUCCUGCACCAGCACCAGUGCCGCCCCCGCUCCUCCUCCACCACCGACACCGCCCUGCUGCUGGCCGAUGGCAGCAACGUGUACCUCCUGGCUGAGGAGGCUGAGGGCAUCGGGGACAAGGUCGACAAAGGAGACCUCGUGACCCUGAGCCUCCCUUCUGGACCCGGCCAUGGUGACACCGACGGCCCCAUCAGCCUGGACGUGCCAGAUGGGGCACCGGACCCCCAGCGGACCAAGGCUGCCAUCGACCACCUGCACCAGAAGAUCCUGAAGAUCACCGAGCAGAUCAAAAUCGAGCAGGAGGCACGGGACGACAACGUGGCGGAGUACCUGAAGCUGGCCAACAAUGCAGACAAGCAGCAGGUGUCGCGCAUCAAGCAGGUGUUUGAGAAGAAGAACCAGAAGUCGGCCCAGACCAUCGCCCAGCUGCACAAGAAGCUGGAGCACUACCGCCGGCGGCUGAAGGAGAUCGAGCAGAACGGGCCCUCGCGGCAGCCCAAGGACGUGCUGCGGGACAUGCAGCAGGGGCUGAAGGACGUGGGCGCUAACGUGCGUGCCGGCAUCAGUGGCUUCGGGGGCGGCGUGGUGGAGGGUGUCAAGGGCAGCCUCUCGGGCCUCUCGCAGGCCACCCACACCGCUGUGGUGUCCAAGCCCCGGGAGUUUGCCAGCCUCAUCCGCAACAAGUUUGGCAGUGCCGACAACAUUGCCCACCUGAAGGACCCUCUGGAAGAUGGGCCCUCCGAGGAGGCAGCACGGGCAUUGAGCGGCAGUGCCACGCUUGUGUCCAGUCCCAAGUACGGCAGUGACGACGAGUGUUCCAGUGCCAGUGCCAGCUCAGCCGGGGCAGGCAGCAACUCUGGGGCAGGGCCUGGUGGGGCACUGGGAAGCCCCAAGUCCAACACGCUGUAUGGCGCCCCUGGAAGCCUGGACACACUGCUGGAGGAGCUGCGGGAGAUCAAGGAGGGACAGUCACACCUGGAGGACUCCAUGGAGGACCUGAAGACUCAGCUGCAGAGGGACUACACCUACAUGACCCAGUGCCUGCAAGAGGAGCGCUACAGGUAUGAGCGGCUGGAGGAGCAGCUCAACGACCUGACUGAGCUUCACCAGAAUGAGAUGUCAAACCUGAAGCAGGAGCUGGCCAGCAUGGAGGAGAAGGUCGCCUACCAGUCCUAUGAGAGGGCUCGGGACAUCCAGGAGGCCGUGGAGUCCUGCCUGACCCGGGUCACCAAGCUGGAGCUGCAGCAGCAACAGCAGCAGGUGGUGCAGCUGGAGGGUGUGGAGAAUGCCAACGCGCGGGCGCUGCUGGGCAAGUUCAUCAACGUGAUCCUGGCGCUCAUGGCCGUGCUGCUGGUGUUCGUAUCCACCAUUGCCAACUUCAUCACGCCCCUCAUGAAGACGCGCCUGCGCAUCACCAGCACCGCCCUCCUGGUCCUCGUCCUCUUCCUCCUCUGGAAGCAUUGGGACUCCCUCACCUACCUCCUGGAGCACGUGUUGCUGCCCAGCUGAGUGGCCAGCGCCCUGUGCCGUGCUCUCUGGCCCCAGCUGGCCACACUUCUUCAGGAGGAACUCAAGGACUCCCGACUCCCUUGGACUUCUUCAUGUAUCCGGUUUGGCCUCCUGCCCAAACUGUCCAUUCCAGCAGUUCCUGCCCCCUUCUCUGUACUUGUUUCUGUCUGACCCCUUCUCCCUGUUGGCCUGAAGGGAGCUUAGAGUGCAGCCCUGGCUUGAGACAGUGGGGACACCUGUGGCCCAGUGGCGCAGAGGAUGACACCAGGAUUGGGUUGUUUUGAUUAGUUACAGUCUUACAAGGACUCCUCCCAGCUGACCUCGGUUUGCCCCAGAUCAGGAAGGCCACUGAAGAAUAGAAUAGGAGAGGGCUCUGCCUCAGCUUCCCUCGGGCAGAGUCCACCCUGGAGGCAACUAUGGUCCCCUCCGGUGGAGGUGGUCAGGUUGAAGGCAAGAGAGCGAGGGGGGAGGCUCUGCUGGCUGCAGGGAGUGCAGGGUCCCCAGGCUUCGGGAACCUCCGGAGCCAGAGAGCAGGCCCAGAGCAGCUACUUGGGAGCUCAGCCAACCCCUCACCCUUCUUCCCUUUAGAGCUGGUUUGAAGCUGGCUUCUGGGGCUGGCCUUUUCUGUGGUUUGAAGGAUGCAGGCUCUGGAGACCGGGUGGGCUGUGGCCUUGGUCUUGUGUUUUCCCUGCUGUUCUUUCUGCCUGUCUCUGGAUCUGCUAUUUUCAGGGAAACAGGCCCCAGAGGCUCCAAGCCUCAGUCUAAGCCCUUAGGCCUCUGGGAGCCUGUUGGGUUCUAUUUAUUUAUUUAUUUGUUCCUCAUCCCUUACCCCCACGUCUUCCCCGCCGAACUCCAGGGAGAGGUCCUGCCCAUCCUCUCUCUGAAGCCAGGGCUUAUUAUUGGCUCAUCAGGCACUUCCAUACCAUUUAGCCUCUGCAUAGUCCUGGCUGGGAGAAGUGGGACAGAGCCACCCAGCACCGCUCUCCCGAAGCAGCCCCCAGCCAGGAUGGGAGGAGCGUGGCCUCUUUUAUACGUCUAUUUAUUUUGUAAGUGUGUGUUUGUGUGGAGGAGGUUGUUUAUUGCUUUAUUUUUUUAAGGCUCUGGAGUGUUGUGUAUGGUUUCUCUUCACAUCCCAGCCUCCCCAUGGGCACUUCCAAGAAGAGAGGGGAUUUCUCUGAAAAGGACAGAGGAAUCCCCUAGAGCGGGGGAAAACAGUGCCUGCCAGCUGUGUGGACCUUCCCGAGAA